CCCUUUUUAUCCUACAUCCUCACUUCCUGCCUUCCUCAAUCCUCAAGACAACAGAACAUACACUUCCUCAUUCUCCCAAAUCGUAAAACCCUAACCCUGUCCCGACUGUCCGCCACUCCACCGUUCCUCUGUCCCGCAGCCGACGCGUCACCAGCCAGCCAUCAGGUCCUCCGACACCGACAGUCCGAUGGUCCGAUUUCGCUGAGGUAGUGUCGUAGUGAGCAGUAACUGGUGUCGUGCGUUGUGGACUCGUGGUGGUAGUACCUUUGGCUAUCUUCUUCACCGUUAAUUAGUUUUGAACCCACACUUCGGAUAUCCCGGAGACGCCACUGAUCGACACACUCCCACCAACAUCAACCAAAAAUGGCAGCAUCGCUACUCAAAGCCCGGCACUCCAACCACCACAUCACCACCAUUUUCUGCCAUUCCUCCACUCUCUCCACCAUCACCACUGCCAAACCAUCGCAUCACAAAGAGCAUAGCCAAAACCAAGUAUACCUCAAACCCAGCAACAUUAUCGGAAGCUGGGAACCCCCGAAAAACCCUAAGGAAGCACAAGCCAAACUCGCCUUCCUUCGCCGCGACUAUGCUAAGCAAGUCAAGGAGCUCCGCAAGGAGUAUAUCCAUGAGAUAGAGUUGCAGAGAGAGGAGCAGCUGCGCAAAGAUGAAGCGCAGAAAGUUGAGAUUCUUCAGCAAAGGGAAGAGCGGAAUAAGUCUAAGGCUGCUGCUGCUCAGGCUCGUGCUGCCGAGCGUAAGGCUUUCGAGGAGGAGUUUCGCAAUACUUUGAUGAAAGAAAGAACAGAGAAGCUUGAAUACUGGAGAAAGAGAGAAAAAUCAAUAGAGGAAAAAAGGAACAGUAAAAAGGAACUUAUCCAUAGGCAAAGUGGGAAGUGGAUUGAGGAAGGAAAUAUGGAGGCAAUGAUAAUGCGAGCAAUAGUUGAUCAUCCCACCCAACUAUAGAUGCUGGCUGGUUUAUGGGGUCAUUCAUGCAGGGCUGGCAGCUGUUCAACAUUUCAAACUGUGCUCUCAUUGGUUUCGAGUCGAUUGAUACAGUUUGGAGUUGUGUAUGUUGUCCCAUAAAAUUUGCACAGUGCUACCCACACUGUUGUGAUCUUGUAAUCCAUCUUAUUACUGAGGUGUUUCGAAUCUAUCUCUGAUCUAGGGACACAAAUUUUCCUAUAGCUAUGCUGUUACAGCCUUAACUAGAGUGGCAGUCUGUCAUAGAGUUUGAGCUUUUGGUGUAUUUCUUUCUCCUAUGAUGAAAAUGGUAAUUUUGACUUGGUGCUGUUGUAAUAGACGUAGUUGGUAUUGGUAAUGACAAUUUUUUGUGUAGCUUGUGCUGAUAAUAAUUUUCCAGUUUGGUUACAAGUAAAAAUUAUUCUGACUUACGGUGUUUUCAA